AUGUCACCUGCAAAAAGUGGGUUCGCCCUCGUGACUCCGGCUUCGAAAGGACUAGGAUUCGCCUUUGCGCGACAGCUGCUGUCCAACACGGACCUCCCCGUUAUUGCGACUGCGCGGAGAGACACCGGACAACUCCGUAAAAUCUUACUGGAGCAAGUCAAUGAUGAGACUGGAAAGGCGGAGGAGAGGCUAAGAGUCUUUGAAGUUGACGUGACUGGUACUGAGUACAUCAUCCCCUCAUGCGUUCUGGUCCUGAACAAUGUCUUAGAUGAGGCAACCAUACACGCCAUGGCUGCACAGAUACGAGAAGACUUUCCACAGACUCCCCUGCGUAUUGCAAUCACCGUACCUGGCGUUCUGCAUGUGGAGAAGUCGCCGACGCAGAUUGAUGCUGCCAAUGCUCUACACAGCUUCCAAGUCAAUGCUCUUGGUCCUAUGCUUCUAAUGAAGCACUUGGCACCCUUCUUGCCAACGAAGUCGUCUGCAACCUUUGCGGACGAAUCUUUGUCGGCACAUGUACAGCGGCCGUGGAAACUUCCAUCGCAUGCGAUCUACGCGAUGAUGGCCGCACGAGUUGGGUCCAUAUCGGAUAAUGCAACAGGGGGCUGGUAUUCAUACCGUGCUAGCAAAGCCUCCGUCUUUCAGCUGACCAAGACUUUCGAUCUGUAUUUGCGGUCACGGAGCAGAGACCGAGCUUUUGCGGUGGCGUUGCAUCCCGGGACAGUCCAGACUGAUUUCACGAAAGAUUACUGGGACGGCAGGCACAUGUUGCAGCCAGAAGAAUCUGCGGUGAAGCUAUUACAGCAUCUAUGUGGUAUGCAGACCGGUGACUCCGAUGGGCGGGGCCGCUGUUGGGAUUGGAAAGGAGAGGAGGUUUUGCCUUGA